GGCAAUGAUAAUCAAGCGGAAAUUCAUGGGUUGCCCGAUCUGUUAUCAACUAUCAAAAUCGUUCAUUGAACGAAAAUCGCGUUUGACAAGUCUUUCCAGCGAUCCACUAUGUCGCCAGCAGUAGAAAAGAAGGCAGACCCUGCUCAAAAGAAGAUCAAGCGAGAUCCCGCCAAGAAUCCUAUGCGGGAUCUGCACAUCAGGAAGCUAUGCUUGAAUAUUUGUGUCGGUGAAUCUGGUGACAGAUUGACACGAGCCGCUAAGGUGUUGGAACAGUUGACCGGUCAACAGCCUGUCUUCUCCAAGGCCCGCUACACCGUGCGUUCCUUCGGUAUCCGUCGUAACGAAAAAAUCGCUGUCCACUGUACAGUUCGCGGCGCCAAGGCUGAGGAGAUCUUGGAACGUGGUCUUAAAGUGCGGGAAUAUGAAUUGAGACGUGAUAACUUCUCCGCCACCGGUAACUUCGGUUUCGGUAUCCAAGAACACAUCGAUUUGGGCAUCAAGUACGACCCGUCGAUUGGUAUCUACGGUUUGGACUUCUACGUUGUCUUAGGACGUCCAGGAUACAAUGUAGCGCACAGGAGGCGUAAGACCGGAACAGUUGGCUUCCCACAUCGUCUCACAAAGGAAGAUGCCAUGAAAUGGUUCCAACAGAAAUACGACGGUAUCAUUCUUAACAGUAAAAAGUAAUCCGACAUUCAAUUACUUUUUAUAAUAAUAAAAA